UCCGCCUCCGCUCGUGCACAGAGGACAGGGCAUCGGGGAUCGUCGCGCCGCUCUCUGUUUAAUAAUUAAGUUAAAUUAAAGUAAAAUAUAAAUUAAUGUCGGUCUAUGGACACAUGAAGUAAAGAGAUAUCCCUCGUUAUAACAGUUAUCCAGGUGGCUUCAGAUGGACUGAGUUAAACCUGGAAGAUAAUGGAGGGAGGUGUCCACAGAAGAAGAUGGAAUAAAUAUGUCCCUGUUGGCACAGUACUGCUCCUUAUGUGCAUGUUCAUCCCUACGUCGACGUUGUUAGAACUGUCAGAGGAGCGGAAAUGUCCAACUGGGGACUAUCUUACUGAAAACGGAAUUUGUUGCUACAAAUGCUCUCCAGGUUCAAGGCUUGAAGAAGACUGUCAAGCUGAAGGUCAAAGAACUAAAUGCACACCAUGUGCCUCUGGACUAUACACGGACCAGACGAACUACCAACGCAACUGCAGACGUUGCAAAAAGUGCAAAGCACAGCACGAAAUAGAGGAAUCACCUUGUAAACCAAACCAGAACACUAUAUGUCGCUGUGUGGACGGUUAUUACAGAUCUUAUAUCGACUCAGAAACAUACCAGUGCCUCAGAUGCAAAGUAUGUGGACCUUACGAAGAGGCAAAACAGACAUGUACACCGGAGAGCAACACUGUGUGUGAAUGCAAAGAGAACUACUACAGAGUCAACAAAAAGUGUGAGCCCUGCAAGAAUUGUACCCCUGAGUGCAAGCAUCACUGUUCGUCACCUACUCUGAAUACAAAGGCUCCUGACAUUGGAAAGGAAAAUCUUAUUAACAUAAUUGCUGGAGUUGUAGCUGUGACUCUGGUAUUGUUGGUGCUGGGUAUUGUCAUCACCCACGUGGUGACAAAAUGGUUUACCAAGAUGAAGUUGCAGAAAUCGUCUUCCAUGCCAUCUGACGUCUCCCCAGACUCAUUGGAGGUCCUGGUGGACAGUAGAAUUCAAAAGGAACCUUCAGACAACAACAAUGUCAAGGCUACUCCUUAUAGUCCUGUGAGUGACCAGGAGCUACACCUGCCUGACUGUAUCCCCUUGGAAAUCAAGAUCCCUGACCUGAUCUACACGGUGCUGGAUCUGGUUCCCGUACUGAGGGUGAAGCAGCUGGUGCGUUCUCUCGGCGUGAAGGAUACAGAGAUCGAACAAGCGGAGCUGGAUCAUCGAUUGUCCCGGGAGGCUCACUACCAGAUGCUGCGGGUGUGGGCUGAGAAAGGCUCACGGGCAGGUGAAAUGCUGCACCGGCCCUAUUUGCAGGAGUUGUUGGACAAACUGAGAACGAUGCACCUGGGAGGGGCAGCCGAGGAGCUGGAGACAAAGUAUGGCAUUCAGUAAUUCUGCAACACAUGCCAAGGGAAACAAAAAAACCAACACCAAGUAUUGUCCUGUUUAGAGACUCUAUCGCAAAUGGACAUGGUGCUACCACAAAAGCAGUUUUAUUUCACGGCCACCAAGAUCACUGAGCAUUCUACCUCUCCUGCUACUCACUGAGAUGACAGGAUCAAACUACUGAGAGCAACAAAUCAAAAUGUUAUUUUGCACUGAAAACAGAAUAAUUUGGGGAUUUUGGGAAGUGGGCUUAUUCACUUUAGUUAGUUAGCUUUGUAAGACUGGCACAGCCAAGCCAAAAUACACCUACCAGCACCUUCAAAGCUCACAAAUACGUGUUACAUCUUGUUUGUUUAAUCUGUACAAAAACAAAGUGUAAUAUGCUAAGCUAAGCUAAUGGGCUCCAGCUUUGUAUUUAAGAUAAGAUAGCUUUUAUUGAUACCUGACUGGGGAAAUUCACUCGCUACAGCAAAAUAGGGGAAAAAAAGGAUAUAAUGAAAAUAGAAGCAAUAGAAUAAAAGCUGUGUGUACACUAUAUACAACCUUUUUAUAUAAAGAUGUGAUUGAUAUGGAACAUUGCAGAAGUCACAGCUGGAGGUAGUGGCAUGGUGUGAAAAUAAAUGAUUGCACAAGGACAAAAAUACAUAUAACAGAACAAUAUACAGGAGAGGUCUAACAUUAAUAAUGACUGUAAUGUAUUUGUAUUUUACAUUACAAACAUGAGGGUGUGAAUAAGCAUAUUUUCAAAGUAGAGACGCUGAUGAAACUUUGUAAGACACAGUUUCUUUCAUAUUAGGAUUUCAUACUUGGCUGAUCUUUUUUUAAUCUUUUUUUAUGACAUGAAUUCAUGAUUUCACUUAGGACGACUGCAUUUUGUUCAUUUAUUGGUUUUCUUUUAUUGAAUAGCAAACUGUAACCAUUGUACUUGCUCUAUCAUUAAGCUACUCUGUUUUAGUUAUAGUGCAAACAUUUGUUUAAUCAUUAGUCAGAGCAUAUUUGUUCAUUUGUUACUUUGGAGCAGAGGGAAAUACAAAAUCAACUGCUGGCCUUCAGCCAUAAAGUUAACUGGUAAUGUUUUCCUGAUGAUACUGUAUAAACAGUGCUUGUCUUGUUAUGGGAACCAUGACAAAGUUAGGGAAGUUUGCAGUUCCUACUUAAUGUAGACCAAACCCCUGACACUUUUAACAGGCUUUUCACAGCCCCAUUGGCAUCCCUUUAAACCCCAUCAUACGCAUAAGCAUUAUUCAUCACUGUUGGAGAAAACAGGACACGCCUUGUCUCAGUAUGCCUCAGCCAAACAGCUUGUAUAAUACCAGUCUCGACUUGCAUAUGAAUCAGUCACACUCCGACUCACUGAGGACGUGUCGUUCCAAAGAACUUUUCAUGCAGUAUCAAACUAUAUUAUACUAACAGAGCCAUUUAUUGAGUUAAUAAUCAAUGUUGAGCAACAUAUAGAAUAUUUUUUGUACUUAAAUAAUAAAUAAUAAAUGAAUAUCAAAUUUA